GGCACUGCCGGUUCGCGGGAAAUAGGCAUUUUCAUUGUGAAGAUUAGUCAUUAGCGAGAAUAAAAAUAGGGUGGUUGACCGUUAUUUUAAUUGUAUUAACUAAAAUAAGAAAGAUUUGUAUUUGUCGGCAUGCGUGCGCAAAAAAACAGUGACUGUCAAUUUUCGGUGAUUCAUCGAUAAAAUACGUUUGCUUUGGUAGCCUACCUAUUGUAUUAGCCACCUAGCUAGCUAAAAAAUCCCGACACUUGCACGAACAGCUUUUUUCUCUUAACGUUAGUGAACGAGCUGCCUAUUAUUUGGCUGAGAAAGAGCUUUAUCUAAUUACGCUAAACCGUGAGCUAGCUAGCUAGUUGGUUAACAAGUUAAGACAGCUGCUUCAGAAACAAUGAGUUUAUUUAAUCUGGAGCGGUUCCGUUAUGGAGCGGUUAAGACCAACAAUAAAAUACAAAUUAACACGUCAUCAUCGGUGCAAGAGCAACAAAGCAGCGGGUCAUCAAGUCCGGACUCGGAAAAAGAGAAUAAACCAAUACCAGAAACUCCAGCGCACAAGCGUCCAUUUGGGAGAAAGCGAGAGAGUGAGGACGAGUCGGAGGUGCAGGACUCAGACUCAGGAGAGGAUUCUCUCACUGAUGGCUAUAUAACUGGAAUGCCAGUGCGGAAAGUAAAGAUGUCUGGACGGAAAUGUGAAAUGACGUCCAAAACACAGGCUGAACAUUCAGACACCAAAGAGGACAAGGAGACUGAAGAGAAGGUGUCCAAACUGCAGGAGAUUUUUCCACAGAGAGACAGGAAGCAGCUACUGGAGGUUGUCGAAAGCACGAGCACUUUGGAUGGAGCUGUAGCCUCCUGCCUCAUGAUGUUCGGAGAUGAAGGUCCAGCCUCGGCCCGUAAGAGGAAGCUGGAGGGGUGUAGCGGUGACUCGCGGGACGGUGAUGCGGCCCAGCCCAGUAAGAAGCAGCGGGCGUCUGUGGCUGAUGACUCCGAGGAGGAGGGCCCGGAGCCCGACUGGGAGAAGCAGGAAACCAUGGUGAGGAGACUGCAGAGGAAGUUUCCCGACCUGGACAAGGAGGAGCUGCGCUCAGUCCUUCAGGAACAUGACUGGGACUACGACGACGCCCUGGAAGUGCUGCGCUUGUUUUCAGAUCAAGAGGUGUCCAGCUCGCCAGAAGCCCCGGUGAAGAAACCCAAAGCCGCCCAAAACCCAGGAGACGCCCGACCGUCUCAGGACGGCGAGCGGACGAGCCGCCAGGCGGACGCUAAGGGCGGGCGAGCGGCCGGGUCCUCGGGGUGGCUGAGCUCCAGAAGCGCCGCCAAGCCGGGCCUCCCGCCGACCCGGAGACCGCCGGCGCCGAAAGCGCAGGACGGCAGCAGCCUGGCGAAGGAGCAGUCGGCCGAGAGGAAGAGGAGGAGGAGGCGGGCGGCCGAGACGCAGCCGGACUGCAGCUCCGGGGACGAAGAGGAGGAGGGGGCGAGCAGCGAGUUCGAGGGCUCGUCGGACUCCGACCCGGACUCGGACCAGGAGGACGGGGUGGCGCCGGACCUGCAGGGCCGCAUCCUGGGCUUCCUCCAGGAGGCGUCGCUGGACGAGCUCACGCUCAUCGGGGGCUGCUCCGUGAGGAAGGCCCAGAAGAUCGUGGAGCUGCGGCCUUUCAAGGCGUGGCAGGACCUGAAGGAGACGCUGCACAAGGGGAACGGCCUGUCCAUGGAGCUGGUCUGGGGCUGCCGCGUCGUGCUGAAGGAGCGGGCCGUGGUGCUCGGCCUGAUGGGAAAGUGCGAGACCAUCACCCGCAAGAUGAUGCGGGACGUGACCCGGGUCAUCGAGAGGGGCGUGGGCUCCAUGAAGCAGCCCUCCAUCCUCAACAGCAGCCUGCAGCUGAAGCCCUACCAGUUGAUUGGGCUGAACUGGCUGGGUCUGCUGCACCAGCACGGGCUGAGCGGGAUCCUGGCAGACGAGAUGGGUUUGGGAAAGACAAUCCAGGCCAUCUCCUUUCUGGCCAGUCUGUACCAGGAGGGCGAGGUCGGCCCUCAUCUCAUCACCGUGCCCUCCUCCACCCUGGAUAACUGGGUGAGGGAGCUGAAGCUUUGGUGCCCUGAUUUGAAGGUGCUCGUCUACUACGGGUCCGCAGAAGACCGCAGGUACCUGCGCCAUGACAUUCUCACCAGGGAGGUGGAAUUCAAUAUAAUUGUGACCACGUACAACAUGGCGAUCGGGAACGAGUGCGACCGCAGCCUGUUCCGGAAGCUCCGGCUGCUGUACGCCGUGUUCGACGAGGGCCACAUGCUGAAGAACAUGAACUCGCUGCGAUACCGCCACCUCAUGGCCAUCAACGCCGAGUACCGCCUGCUGCUCACUGGGACCCCCGUGCAGAACAACCUGCUGGAGCUCAUGUCCCUGCUCAACUUCAUCAUGCCCACCAUGUUCUCCAGCAGCACCUCCCAGAUCGCCAAGAUGUUCUCCAUGAAAUCUUCGGAGGAGAAGAGCAGCUUCGAGCAGGACAGGAUCGCUCAGGCCAAACUCAUCAUGAAGCCCUUCAUCCUGAGGAGGGUGAAGAGUGAGGUGCUGAAGCAGCUCCCAAAGAAGGAGGAGCAGCUGGAGAUCUGCCCCAUGAGCGAGAAGCAGCAGGAGCUCUACUCCUCCCUGUUCCAGAGGCUGAAGCGCUCCGGCUGUGCGGAGAAGCGGGAGCUUUCGAAUGUGAUGAUGGCACUGAGGAAGAUGGCGAACCACCCUCUGCUGCACAGGCAGUACUACACCAGUGAGAAGCUGGCAGUCAUGAGCCGGCUCAUGCUCAAGGAGCCCACGCACCGCGACGCCGACCCCGCGCUGGUCCAGGAGGACAUGGAGGUGAUGUCGGACUUCGAGCUGCACCGGCUCUGCCUGCAGUACUCCGCCCUGCGGGCCCACCAGCUGAGCAGCGAGGAGCUGCUGGACUCGGGCAAGUUCAACCUGCUCACCUCACUGCUGGCCUCCUUCAAGCACAAGGGUGACCGGGUGGUCCUGUUCAGUCAGUUCACCAUGAUGCUGGACAUCGUGGAGGUCCUUCUGCAGCACCUGAGCCACCGUUACGUCCGGCUCGAUGGCUCGACGCCCAUGGCCGACAGAAUCGUCUUGAUCGACGAGUUCAACACAGACCCCGACAUCUUCGUGUUCCUGCUGUCCACCCGGGCCGGGGGCCUGGGCAUCAACCUGACCUCGGCCAACGUGGUCAUCCUGCACGACAUCGACUGCAACCCCUACAACGACAAGCAGGCGGAGGACCGAUGCCACCGCGUGGGCCAGACCAGGACGGUGAAGGUGAUUAAGCUGAUCAGUAAGGACUCCAUAGAGGACUGCAUGCUGCGCCUGGGCCAGAAGAAGCUGAAGCUGGAGCAGGACAUGACGGCAGCCGAGGAAGGCAACGAGGGCUCGAUGCCCGAGAACAUGGCCUCCCUGCUGAAAGCCUCUCUGGGUCUGUGAGCUCUCCUCGCCCAACCCCUCAGCCCAACCGCUCCAAGUACUGUAUCUCCCCCCCGUCCUGGCCUGGACCGCAUCCGGAAGAUGGGUGGGCCAGGACCAGCUGUGGAAACGGCCCUAUCAGAGACAUCCUCCCCCCGCUCCUGCAAGGACAGAGACUAUGCUAUGCCACGUUCCUCAUUUUCUGCACAAAAGCGUGAACUCAGCAGGGGGCAGGGGUGCACAGGGGAGGGGAAGAGGGCGUGUGUGUCUGCGAUGUGAUCAUUGAUGUUCAAAGUCUUGUUGGUGACAAUGUUUCCGUUUAGUUUUUUUUGUUAUUGUUUUUUGGUAUUUCUUAUCCGUGCUGCUGAAACAAAGUUUUGCGACUCUAAAAUAAAGAUUUCACAUUAUUGAAGAGAA